AUGGCUCUAGACCCCAGAGUUCUUCUACAGAAGGCCGAGAAAGCACUCUCCGGCGCUUCGGGCGGCUUCAGCUGGUUUGGAGGACGCACUGAGAAAUAUGAAAAUGCCGCCGAUCUGUAUACUCAGGCUGCAAAUGCUUUUCGGGUACAGAAGUUGAAUAAGGAAGCCGGACAAGCAUUUGAGCGUGCCGCCUCUAUUCAGACUCAGAACCUCAACGAACCAGAUGACGGUGCCAACACUCUCCAGGAAGCCUUCAAGGUCUACCGCAAAUCUGAUCCCGAGGAUGCGGUCCGGGUGCUGACCGCCGCUAUUCAACACUAUGUACUAAAGGGGAACCUGCGUCGUGCAGCUACGCAGCAGCAGUACCUGGCUGAGGCUUAUGAGGUCGAGCUUGGAGAUAUGAAGAAGGCGCUGGAGGCAUACGAGAAGGCGGCGGAGUGGUUUGAGAGUGAUAAUGCCGAGGCUCUUGCAAACAAACACUUCCUGAAGGUGGCUGACCUCGCUGCCCUGGAAGGCGAUUACUACAAAUCCAUCAAGCACUACGAGCGCAUUGCCCGGCAAUCCAUGAACAACCACCUCAUGAAGUGGUCAGUGAAGGACUACUUCUUGAAGGCCGGAAUAUGUCAUCUCGCUACCAAUGAUCUCGUCGAAACCAACCGCGCUUUCGAAUCUUACCGUGAAAUUAAUCCCGCCUUCGUCUCCGAGCGUGAACACCAGCUCCUUGUGGACCUGCUCCAAGCCAUCGAGUCGAAAGACCAGGACAUGUUUGCGGAUAAGCUGUUUUCGUAUGACCAGCUCAGCAAGCUGGACAAGUGGAAGACAACCUUGCUUUUGCGUGUCAAGAGCAAUAUCGAGGAGGAAGAGGAGGACUUCUCCUAG